AUAUGGAGUGUUGCUGAAAAUUACAAUACAUGUUUGUGGGUAAGGUAUUUAUGUCGACCUGGUAUAAAACCCUUUAUAUCGCAGGAGCUGUAAUUGUUUUGAGAGAUAAUGCCAAUCUGGAGGCCAAACUCCAGACUGACUCGCUCAAAAUCGUAGGCGGGUCUAACGCGUCCCUGGUUGUUGAUUGGCUGCUAAUGUCACGUGCAUACAUUGUACACCCGGAAGUGUCCAGGAUGGUAGACUCUUUCGUCAACUGAACGUCGUCCCAAAAGUCCCAAACCAUGAAUAUUGUGGGCCAGUUGGCAGAGACUGUGUAUGUGACAGUCAAGGAGCUGUAUUCUGGCCUUAACCCUGCCACUCUCACUGGUGGGAUUGACGUCAUCGUGGUGCGACAACCAGAUGGGGCGUUCCAGUGUUCCCCCUUUCAUGUCCGCUUUGGCAAAAUGGGUGUGCUUCGCUCCAAGGAGAAAGUUGUGGACAUUGAAAUAAAUGGAGAAUCAGUGGACCUGCACAUGAAACUAGGGGACAACGGUGAAGCUUUUUUUGUUGAACAAAAUGAAAACUUGGAGGCCGAAGUUCCAGCCCAUCUUUGCACUUCCCCAAUUCCUCUUGAUGCCCCAGAAGUCACAGAGGAUACCACUGAUGCAUCCUCUCUUUCUGGUUCCGGCACCCGCAGGAAGAGGCGUCGUCGUAAACGCGUGCGCUCAGAUAGUUACCAAAGAGAAGAGGGCAGCUCCUCUGCAGAUGAGCAAGAAAAAGACAAGGAGUGGGAGAGAGAUUAUAGCGGACAAGAGAGUCUAGAUAAAGAUAAACAUACCACACCGUUGCAAGUCAGUAAGUCAGUUUACUACUCACUGUCUGAGGAGCCAACUGAGGAGGAGCUGGGGCUCAAAGAUACUCACCGACACUCAGAUGGAGACCAAUCACCUGUAGAAAAUGUGUUCGACAGCCGCCCAUCCUCUCCAAAGAGUGACUCUGAGCUUGUGGUUAAAAACCAUGAGUCCUCUGGGUUACUGAUGCAGUGGAACUGGGGAGGCUUUCCCAUGCCACGUCAAUCUGAAAGAUCAUCAGUGGCGUUCCAGCACUCUGAAUCGUCUCAUUUUCGCACCAUUCAGAGGCAAGACUCCUUUGACAUGGGGAAUGAGUCUGUGAACAGCUGUAGCAGAGUGGGCCGGGUUACUGUGGUAAGACCACAACCCAGGUCUCAGUCUCUAGACUUCAGUAACUACGCCUUAGAAACGAUGCCUCUGACCUUUGAUAAACCCCUUACCUUUACCAGUUCAACCCUUAGUGACCUGUCAAAGUCGUUAACAGAGAGGGAUGAGACUGAAGCCCUUUCGUUAACAGAGAGGGAUGAGACUGAAGCCCUUGCCCAUGAAGAUGGUACAGUCAGUAUUGCCCAUGUUGGUGGCAUUAAUGAUGCAGCUGAUAGCCAAGCUAAUAAUAACAGUCAGCCAAUUAAAGAAAGCCAAGACGCUUUGAUCGAGACAAACGUUGCAAACAAUGGAAGCAUCGUUUGGGCAGAAUCCUCAAAUACGCAGCAGAGUGAGCACAGGCCACAAGGCUGCACUGGUGGCGACUCUGUCAGUGAGAGUGACAGAAGGAUAGAUCCCUGUGCCGAGAGACGGGAGGAGGAUGAAGUGGCGGACUUUGCUUCUCCAAAAGCUGACGCUAAAGAGAAUCGGGUCAGCUGGAUUGCUGCUGAGGAGUUGAUAAACUGCUCUGAGAUAGCAACCAAACAGGAGCAACAAGGCAAAAAGAAGGGCAGACGUAAUCAUCAUCUUGGACCAACAGGCAUUUAUCUGGAUGAUCUGACUUCACUCGAUCCUGAGGUUGCAGCGCUCUACUUCCCGAAGAGUGAAACAGAGAGUUGCCCCCCACCUGUCAUAGAGCAAGGCUCUGGCUCAGCAAGUCAGUCACCGCAAUCUGUGGGCGCGCUGGACAGCGGUACUGAAUACCUGUCAGAUUCUGCCUCCUCCGCCACAGAGGUUCGCAUGUCCCUCUGUGGACAAGUGGGUGACACCAGCCAAAUCACUAAAGAGAAGUUUUUAGAGCACUCCGUGUCAUACCAAGACUUUGUCACCAAUCCAGGAAUCAUUGAUGACCCUAACCUAGUGAUAUAUAUCAACUCCAACUAUUAUAACUGGGCAGUGGCUGCUCCAAUGGUCUUGUCGAUGACGGCUUUCCAGAGGAAUUUACCCAAGAGUACAAUUGAGAGCCUAGUGAAGGACAAAAUGCCCAAAAAGUCUGGACGCUGGUGGUUCUCCUGGAGGAGACGAGACUUGGACAACAACCAGCAAGACCCUUCAAAGAAGGACGAGGAGGAGAUAUUGCAUGGGGAUCCAAGCACAGUCACAGCCACACUUGAGGAUGCGGGCAGUGAUGUGGUGGCAGGAGUUGCUCAAAAAGCUGUCAUUACUUCAAGCUUGUCGACAGACACACUACGUACUACUCAGUGUCUCUCUCAGAUGUACUGCAAAUCACUUCGUCUGACAUCUGAAAAGAUAGAGAACCUGAAUCUGCGCGAAGGAGCUAACAAGGUGAUAUUCAGUGUGACCACCCAGUACCAGGGCACCUGUCGCUGUGAGGCUGCCAUCUAUUUGUGGAACUGGGACGAUCGCAUCAUUAUAUCAGAUAUAGACGGCACCAUCACAAAGUCUGAUGCUCUGGGACACAUCCUGCCUCAGUUUGGCAAAGACUGGACACACAAAGACAUUGCUAAACUUUACCACAAAAUUCACCAAAAUGGCUAUAAGUUCCUGUAUUGUUCUGCGCGGGCUAUAGGCAUGUCUGCCAUCACUAAGAACUACCUGCAGUGGGUCAACGACAAAGGCACUGUUCUUCCAAAAGGCCCGGUACUGCUGGCCCCAAGCAGCCUCUUUUCUGCACUGCACAGGGAGGUGAUUGAGAAGAAGCCAGAGGUGUUUAAAAUCGCCUGUCUCAGUGACAUCAGAGACCUCUUCAACCCCAAGAGACAGCCUUUCUACGCCGCCUUUGGCAACAGGACCAAUGAUGCUUACGCUUACACGCAGGUGGGGGUGCUCAACACCAGGAUAUUUACCGUCAAUCCGAAAGGAGAGCUUAUCCAAGAGUUGACCAAAGGAAACAAGUCCUCGUACACCCACCUCGGUGAGUUGGUAGAGCAUUUCUUCCCUGAGGUUGGCGGGAGCAGCUCUUCUGCCUUUUUGUGUCCUGAGUUCAGCAGCGUCACCUAUUGGAAGGAGCCACUGCCAGAACUGGACCUUUACACACUACUGUAGACACACCAUCCUUAUGCUCUGCAUACAUAACCAUUAUCUGCCUUAAUAUUUACAGCUAUGUGUUGCAACACAUUUUCUGCAGCAUGCCAAAUAACUGCCUUUGAUGGAAUUCACUGUGGUGUUACUGAGAUGCUUUAUGGCAACAUUCUCCAUUAAGUGAUAGCUGAAUUAAGAGAGCUGAACCACGUCUGCAUAAAGCAUUAAUUACACUGCUCAGGCUGACUCAUGUUCAAAUACAAUGUUGCCGACAAUCCAUUGUUAAUCGUAAAUAUGCAAAUUUUCAUGAAAUAUAUAAUAUAAUAAUAUAUAUUAUAUAUUAUGUUAUUCGUUGUGCUGACAUUCAUUCCAAUUAUUUGUGCCUGGCACUUGUCACAUUGUCACACAUAUUUGCUCAAAAGGAUGGGACGAAAAUAGUGCUAAUGCCAAAUUUGUAGCUACUAUUGCUUAUUUUUUUCUUUUUUCUUUCGUGAUGGGACCAUCUGAAGCCCAGAGCUGUGAUGUGAGCUUCCUGUUAUGUCGACAUGAAAGUGAUAUUGAAUAUUAAUAAGAUCCUUAUCCUUAUUGAUAUUCUGUGUGGUUGGGAGGAUUUUAUAGAUGCAUGCAUGGGUGUGGAGUUGUAUACCAUAAGUGUUUUGGCAUCUACUAUUCUACUUUAUAUUUUUAUGAGCGUUUCCGUCUUCUGAUUUAAUUGUUCUAGUAUAGCCAAGGUACUAAAGAAUUUAGGAAUGACAA